AAAGCUUUCUUCAUCAGAUUAUUCAAAAUCACUACCAAUUUGAUUGCAGGAAGAUCCAGUGCUUCUCUCCCAUGGGACUAUUACUUCUAUGGGCGUUCUUUUCCAUCUUCCCGUUCUGUAUAACAUCGACCCUGGAAACUGAACCGCCAUUGGAGUUGAGUCGUCUAACUCGGGAGCUUUUGGAAUCGGCGAGAAAACCAGAGUUCUUCGAGUGGUUGGUUAGGGCUCGAAGGAAAUUGCACGAGAAUCCAGAGCUGUCCUUCGAGGAAUUCGAAACCAGUCAAUUCAUCCGAACAGAGCUCGUGUCUCUUGGGAUUAAUUUCACUUGGCCCGUCGCUAAAACUGGGAUUGUGGCCUCCGUGGGAUCAGGUGGGCACCCAUGGUUCGCUCUUAGGGCUGAUAUGGAUGCUCUUCCUAUUCAGGAAAUGGUGGAGUGGGAGCAUAAGAGCAAGAACGAUGGAAAAAUGCAUGCUUGUGGCCAUGAUGUUCACGUUACAAUGCUUCUUGGCGCUGCUAAGUUGCUUCACCAGAGAAGAAAUGAGCUGAAGGGGACAGUGAAGCUCGUUUUCCAACCUGGGGAAGAGGGACGUGGUGGGGCUUACUAUAUGGUAAAAGAAGGCGCUGUAGAGGAGGUGAAAGGUAUAUUUGGAUUACAUGUCGCACAAGAUAUGACAGUAGGAGUAAUUGGUUCAAGGCCUGGUCCAUUUACGGCCUGUAGUGGUAGGUUUUUGGCCACAAUCCAGGGAAUUGGUGGUCGUCAAGCAACAGAUUCGCUUCUAGCCAUGUCUUCCGCUAUUAUCUCUCUUCAACACAUAAUUUCUCGAGAAACAGAUCCUCUUGAUUCCAGGGUAAUCAGUGUAGGAUUCGUCAAGGGUGGCGAAGCAGGAAAUGUGAUAAUACCCGAAACCGUGACAUUUGGAGGUACUUUUCGAAGCAUUGCAUUGGAAGGUCUUUACAACCUUAAGCAAAGAAUUCAAGAGGUGAUAAAGCUUCAAUCAGCUGUUCAUCAGUGUAGAGCCACUGUAGACUUCAUGGAAGAAAAGGCAAGGUUCUACCCACCUAUUAUCAAUGACCAAUCAUUAUACAACCAUGUAAAGAAGGUUGGACAACAUUUACUUGGAGGCCCAUCAAAUGUGCUUCAUCUUCCUAACACCAUGGGAGCAGAGGACUUCAGCUUCUACUCGCAACACAUUCCUGCUGCAUUUUUCAUGAUCGGAGCUAAGAACAUUACGAUGGAUUCCGGAAUACCGUUGCACUCGCCGUACCUUGUCCUUGAUGAACAAGUUCUUCCACUUGGAGCUGCUCUUCAUGCUGCUGUUGCAAUUUCUUACUUAGAUCAACAUCAUCAUGUGCCCAAUAAUUAAGAGGGAUUUCAUUUGACACAACAACAAUGUCUCAGCUUGUUGAGCCAUCGUCGCAUGUGGUGCUCGAGGUCACCACUCCCUGGUUUAAACCAAGUAGGUUUUUUCUACUACCGGUGUUACGUUGUCUCGUCUCGAAGAUGACCUGUGU